AUGGCAGACACCUCGCAAGACCAAUCCCUCCCGAGCAGUAUGAAGAAGACACAGGUCCUUGCAAGCAAGCCUUCCCGAACCUUAGCAGUUCCGACCGCCGACGACACCCCUUCGACGCUGGUUGCGAAACUCGAUCAGAUCCAGCAAUGCCUCGAUGAUGGCGGUGGUCUUGCCGCAGCCACGGACUAUUCAAGGUCGACGAUAUCCAGUCAAAGUGUGGCGGAAAUAGCAAGAUCGGAGAUGACACCCGUCGAGGCUAGAUGUUGGGAGGCGUAUGUGAACGGCACAUGUCGCCUUCCCGCCAUCGACUGGGAUGUUGAUCGUGGAGAAACACCGACCAGCAAGAAAGGGCUACAGAAAGCAGGCAGGAGGGCCGAGGCGCUGAACAGACUAUACGGGUCCGAUCGAGCAGAACCCUGCCAUGCCGUCUGGUUCGCUGUGAACCAUCCGGUCGUUCUCCAGGUCGUCAAGGCCAUGGCCCGAGUGAUCGGCGCUGAGAGCCGGUCGGGACAAUCAGAGGGGGUCGACUCGGAUCUGGCGGAUUUGCAGACCAUCAGAGCGGUGGUGGCCACUUCAAUGGAGGCCCUGCAGCGCAACCCUUCGGCGUUCAAGCCGCACACCAAAGACAUCAACAAGAGGUUACACCUUCUCAGGGAGCACCAGCGAAAGAUCCAGCUUCGACGUCUCGCUCGAGCCCACCAACCGCAACCGACGGAGCCUGACAAGGCUUCACUUUCGUCCCCUCCAGAUCCUAGUCCGUGA